AUUAUAAAUAUUAAAAUGUGUUAUUCUUAAAACAUGUUAAAAAAAGUCAUAUCGUAAUCAUUAAUUCAUUGGAAAUAAUGAAAUCAAUUAAUUUACAAUAAAUAAAUUUUAGAAUAAAUCUCAUACGACCAAAGUUGCUUUCGAACAUAUUCCACAUAAGUACUGCCGGAAGAAAAAAGAAAGAAAGAUUUAAGAGUAGGAGUUACCGCGCGUAUCUAGCCACUUUCAUUGUUAUUUGAUCUGCCUUACGCUAAAGGUGCAAGCUGAAUAUUUCCAUUUCUCUGAACGAAUAACUAGUAAUUUUAUUUAUUUAUUACAAAAUUUUUCAUCAUUAAAAAAAGAUAUAAUAUCUUCGAAUUUUCAUUAUAGAGAUGGUGUCAUUCUGUGAAAUAUCAGUGAUUAUGUUGUUGACAUUUUCUUCGAUUAAUUUCAUUCAUUCGAAUAUUGGCAAUUGGGAAGCCUGUGGUGGAAGAUUAGAACGUGCCCUAGAUGCACUUCACAAAGACUCGAGUAGACGAAAAGGAUUUGAAGAAGAGAAACCAGGAACGUUGUAUCAGCAAGAACUUCGUUCUGUACCACUUGAAAUGUCUGUCUCCCGGAUUGUUGUGAAAUUAUCACAAGGAGCUAGAAACACGGGAAAUUGGGCAAGGGUUGAAAAAUGCAUCUACGAACCCAACAACAAUUCUCUUCAAACUCGAGUCAUGUUCAAUGAUUUAUCUGUUUCUGGAAUGGUUUCGUUAAUACCACGAGAUCAUCAGUCUCCUGUAUCAGCUGAGUCUUGCAGAAUGACUUUAAGAUUGAGACGUGCAGGUGUCGAUUUUUUAACGAGUCCAAUCGCUCGUGGCAGAGGGCAAAUGCGCAUUCGAACGGAAUCUAGUUUUUUAGAACCGAGAUUUGCUUCUAUUUAUGCUUAUGGUUGCCAUCCUACACGUUUAGACAAACAAAUUAAGAGACAGGACAAAUGGCCUCCGUUUUAUCCACCUCGAGAUGAAUAUACAAUUCUACCUUUAGCAUUGAAUGAUGAUUACGAGGCAGCAGAACCACGUCAAUUGGUCGGUGUUUCGAAAGAGGUAGACGUUGUCAUUCCAAACGAAACUCGUCAAUCUCGUUUCGUAAACGCUCCUGUUACAAAAUUAGGAAUAUGGAAGAAAAAUGUUUGGCUCACCAAAUCUCCAUUGCGGAAAAGGCGGGCUCUUGUAAAAUCUAAUGUUGUUGCGAGUUCUUCGGAUGUACAUCGCUUUCUAGAUUCUUUUAAAAGUAGUCACAAAGCUAAUAUUCGUUCCAUAAGAAUACCGAGAUCAACGGAGAUGAUCACUCCUCAAGAUUUUGUAACCGCAUUGAUCAGUAAACGGUCAAAAAUCAAUGAAACUGGUAAUUGUACUGAACAUCGAACAGGACAGAACGAUCUAAUCAAUAUAACUAAAAUUCUUUUAAGAAACUUGGAUGACAGCAAAUCAAAGACAAAUGUCAAGAGAGAAAAAAGUUAUCCGAUAAUGGAAAAAGAGGAAUCGAAAGAAACUAGACAUUUGUAUAUUGAUGAAUCGUUAGACAAUAUUUUUCCAAUUGAUCUAGAAAACGAUAGUAAAAAUUGGCAAUCUAAAGAAAACAUAGCUAGAGAAAUGGAAGAUGUUUUUUUAAGAGGUGCCAGUCAGGCUUUGACCAGAUAUAUUGAAAGACAAUUGCAUCCUGCUAUUAAAGAAACACUUAUGAUUUCUAUGGGAUAUACUAUCAGUUAUGGAUAAUGUUUUUCAUUAGUUAGUAAUAAUUUCUUAUAAUUUAAUUUCUCGAAAAUUUAAAUAAAUAUUGUAGAAAUUUAAAUAAAA